AUGUAUUACAAUCAAUUGUACAAUGAGAAUGCCAGUGAAAAGUUUGAACUACUUGCAGUUACUUUUUCUUUGCUACUAAAAUUCGUAAUCCUUACACCGAGAAAGCCAACGACCUCUAUCGCUACUGCCACAUCAACUCUUUCAAUAAUCACAAGAUCAGAACAGCCAACAAUAACAGUACCACCAUCAACGACUCAAGCGUCAACAACAACAACAACAACAACAAUACCAACAUCGAUUUCGACAUCAACUGCGAUCACUACUCAACAACCAGGAUGGUCUAAAGUUAAUAGUAUGAAUCAUGCACGGCGAGAUCAUGCAGCAUUCACAUUAAAAAAUGGAAAAGUAUUAGUUUGUGGUGGAUUUGAUAAUGGUGCAACGAGUAGUGCUGAGUUAUAUGAUCCAUCAACAAAAAAUUGGACAACUAUUGAUAGUAUGAAUGAUGCUCGAGGUGAACAUACAGUAUCCUUACUAAAUAAUGGCAAAUUUUUAAUUACUGGUGGACUUAGUAAUGGAAAUUUCCUAACUAGUACUGAGCUAUAUGAUCCAUCAAACGAGACAUGGACAACUACUGGUGAUAUGAAUGAUCCACGGGGUGAACACAUGGCAUCUGUAUUAAUAAAUGGAAAAGUCUUGUUGAGCGGUGGAUAUGGUAACGAUCAUUGGCUUAAUACUGCUGAAUUAUAUGACCCAUCAACAGAGAUUUGGACAAUUACCGGUAGUAUGAAUAGUGCACGAAGCCAACAUACAUCAUCUUUAUUAACAAAUGGAAUGGUGUUAGUCACCGGUGGACACAUACGUAGUGAUGCUCUAAAUAGUGCCGAAUUAUAUGAUCCAUCAACCGAGACUUGGAAAAACAUUGAUAGUAUGAAUAGUACACGAAGUGAACACACGGCAUCUCUAUUAAUGAAUGGAAAAGUUUUAGUUACUGGUGGAUUUCACAAUAAUGCUCUAAAUAGUGCUGAGUUAUAUGAUCCAUUAACAGAAUUAUGGACAAUCACUACUAUGAUAGGUGGAUUUGAACAUAAUGCCCUAAAUAGUGCUGAACUGUAUGAUCCAGUAACUGAAACAUGGACAAUUAUUGAUAAUAUGAAUGUUGCACGAGGUGAACACACAACAUCCGUACUUACCAAUGGAAAAAUACUAGUUGCUGGUGGAUCCCCAGGUGGUACGUCAUUGAAAGAUGUAGAACUAUAUUCAUUAUUUUAA